AUGACAAGUGAAGAUACGUGGAAGUUUUCCCAGUGCUUUGGGGAUAAAGGCGACAUAGACAACCUCACAGAAGCGGACAUCAUAUCAACUGUGGAGUUUGACAGCACUGGAGACUUCUUGGCUACGGGAGACAAGGGGGGACGUGUUGUCUUGUUCGAGAGGAACCAAUCAAAGAAGAAGCACAAUUGCGAGUACAAGUUUUUCACCGAGUUCCAGAGCCACGACGCCGAGUUUGACUACUUGAAGUCGUUGGAGAUAGAGGAGACCAUCAACAAGAUCAAAUGGUUGAAAAGCGGGAAUGACUCGCUCCACCUCUUGUCGACCAAUGACAAAACCAUCAAGCUUUGGAAAAUCCAGGAGAGGCAAAUCAAGCUUGUGGCGGAGAACAACCUCAAUGGCAUGAGCCAUUACUCUAAUGACGGAGGCGUCACUGCGUUGAAGUUGCCCCAAUUGCAAUUGCACGACAAGUUGAUUUCAGCACAACCAAAGAAAAUUUACUCCAAUGCACACGCAUACCACAUCAAUUCGAUAUCUGUCAACUCGGACCAAGAGACGUUUUUGAGUGCCGAUGACUUGAGAAUCAACUUGUGGAACUUGGGAAUCGCAGACCAAUCUUUCAACAUUGUUGAUAUCAAGCCCGUCAACAUGGAGGAGUUGACAGAAGUGAUUACAAGCACAAAGUUUCAUCCGUCCCAGUGCAACUUGUUCAUGUACAGCUCGUCAAAGGGCACUAUAAAACUAGCAGACAUGAGAUCAAACUCCUUAUGUGACACCCACGCCAAGAUUUUCGAGGAGUACUUGGACCCAUCUUCGCACAAUUUCUUUACCGAGAUCACGAGCUCCAUAUCCGAUGUCGAGUUUAGUCAAGAUGGAAGGUACAUUGCCCUGAGGGACUACAUGACUGUCAAGAUCUGGGACUUGGCCAUGGAAAGCCAGCCUGUCAAGACCAUCAAUGUACAAGAGCACUUAAGGGAUAGAUUAUGCGACACUUAUGAAAACGACGCAAUUUUUGAUAAAUUCGAAGUUCAAUUCAGCGGUGACAAUAAAUCUGUAAUGACUGGUUCAUACAAUAACAACUUUAUGAUAUAUCCUAAUGCCGUUUCUACUGGAGGCGAGGCUAAGCCUGCUUCUAAGCCGUUGAGUAAGAAAAAGAAGAAUGCUAAUGCUGGUGGUGGUGGUGGUGGUGGUGCUACUACUGCUGCUGCUCGACGCAAUAGAGAUUCUGAUGAUGAAGAUGACGAAAGUGAUUCCGAUGCGUUUGACAAUAUUGAAGUUCCAGCAAAUAAAAACUCUCCCAGCUCACAGUUGGAAGAUGAAGAAGACCAGGAGGAAAUCAUCUUGCAAGCAGACAAGUCUGCAUUUAAAUCCAAGAAAUCCGGCCACCAUCCAAUGAGAAGAAGAAUGAUGAGCGGGGUUGGAACAACAAACAAUAACGGACGAGAAUUCGAAGACGUUGACUUUAAGAAGAAUAUACUUCAUUUAUCGUGGCAUCCCAGGGAAAAUUCAGUUGCAAUUGCUGCAACUAAUAACUUAUACAUUUUCUCGACUUUAUAA